AUGACUAAUCCUCAAGAUAUAAAUAAAUCUCAACGCAGACGGUCCAUCAACUUGUUAACGAAAUCACCGUUAUCUGCAUCACCAUUUGGACCACCAACACCAACAACAGGAGUUAGGGCAGCUAGUAUUUUUGAUUCGCGGCGUGGGUCUCGGGGGAAUAAUGGUUCACGGGGUGGAUCACAGAGUAAUUCGUUUGUUUCAAAUACGCCGUUUUUGAGAGAUGGCUAUGGUAUAACAGCAGCAGUAGAAGGAGGUGGAGAGGGAUUUGCUGUCGGUGCAGAAAGUGUAAUCCAAGGACAAGAAGAAGAAACGGCUAUUGUUGACUCAUCCGGCUCGUCGUCGCCUCCAUUAAGACCAGCAUUACCGGAAGUAACAAACUCCGAAAAUACAAAAUUCCAUAAGCAGACAAGCAACCAAGAACCAUCGGUUGAUUUUCGAGAUGGAAUGGAUGAUCCGCGAUUGAUUUCGCAAUUAUCAAAACACUUGCCACCUCGCGAUAGCUUACAACUUGAAGGCGGUGAUAUCACGCGUGAUUUGUAUAAAUUGCAUAAUGAGAUGCAAGUCAAGAAACCGAAUUUGCACAAGUCGAAAAGCUUUGAUGAUGGGUAUGGAUCAGACAAUGGACUGGUGAAGUCGCGAGCUAGUUCGUUUAAUGUUCCUGGUGGGUUUCGGAGGGAGUUUUUAGUACAUCAACAUAAUCAGCAGCAACAAAAUGAACUGAGUGUGUUUCACCAAGUGCACAAAGAUCAUGAUAACAACUAUGGAUUCAAUGAAGUGCAACACAACCGGACGCCCAAUUUCUUGACCAAGAAUUUUAUCGAGUUUCUUAGUAUUUACGGCCAUUUUGCCGGAGAGGAUUUAGAAGACGAUGAAGAUGCAAUUGGUUACAAACUGCGUCAACUAGACGAAGAAACUCCGCUAUUGUCUCCACCAUCUACCUCCACCACUACGACAACAGCAUCAGCACCAACUAAUGACAAGAACUAUAACCCCAAAGGUACGGCAACUGAUACCAAAGCAUAUUUCUUACUCCUCAAAGCAUUUGUCGGCACUGGUGUUCUUUUCCUCCCCCGAGCAUUUGCCAAUGGUGGUUUGGCAUUUUCGAUAGCGACAUUGACGAUCUUUGCCCUAUUAUCAUUCUGGUGUUACUUGAUACUUGUUUAUGCCAAAUUAUCGACACGUGUGUCGGGAUUUGCUGAAAUUGGAUACAAAUUGUAUGGUCCAUGGCUACAACGAUUGAUUUUGUCUUCGAUUGUCAUUUCCCAAGUGGGGUUUGUUGCUGCUUAUAUUGUGUUUACGGCAGAGAAUUUGCGAGCAUUUGUCAACAAUGUAUCCAGCGGCAGAGGGGGAAAAGAGGAAUUGGAUAUAGUGUGGUUUAUUGCCGGACAAGUGGUAUUGAUUAUCCCUAUGAGCUUGAUACGUGAUAUAACAAAGCUCUCAGUCCUGGCACUUUUGGCAAAUUUGUUCAUCUUGACGGGAUUGAUCACCAUUAUAUACUAUAUCGGAUACGAGUGGGUGGUAUUAAACUGUGGCCAAUUUGGUCCUUCGGUUGAGUACGUGUUUAACAAGUCGCAAUUUUCGUUAUUUAUAGGAACCGCCAUUUUCGCUUUUGAAGGAAUAGGUUUAAUUAUUCCCGUGCAAGAAUCAAUGAUUUAUCCUGCACAUUUUCCCCAAGUAUUGGCAAAAGUCAUGGUCACUAUCGCCAUUAUAUUUAUUAUUAUUGGCACUUUGGGAUACUUGACAUUUGGCUCACAAGUACAAACGGUCAUACUUUUAAACUUGCCGCAGGAUUCAAUCAUGGUUAUCAUGACACAAUUCUUUUAUUCAGUGGCAAUUUUGUUAUCAACGCCAUUGCAAUUAUUCCCCGCUAUUCGAUUGAUUGAAUCGCGGUUAUUUAAAAUCAGUGGCAAAGUGUCACCCACCACGAAAUGGUUGAAGAAUUUAUUCCGCUGUUUGUUUGUUUUAUUCAUUGCUUAUAUCGCCUUGAUUGGGGGAGCCAAUUUGGAUAAGUUUGUGUCGUUUAUUGGUUGUUUUGCUUGUAUUCCUUUGGUUUACAUGUAUCCGCCAAUGUUGCAUUUGAAAAGCUGUUGUUGUAUUGGUGGUAAACAGCAGUUGAGCGGUAAGGAAGUUAGAAGGAGGUAUUGGUUAGCGAUAUUGGAUUAUAUCUUGAUUGGAAUUGGUGGGUUGGCUUUGGUUUAUACAACUUAUCAAAUAAUUCAAACUUAG